CAUGGCCCGCUCUGAUGAGCUAAACAAAAAGGAAAAACGAUUUUUUUUUUUUAAAUUCCUCCGAGAAACCCUAAUUUCUACCCCAGAACAAAGGAAUGCUGGUUCCAGCUGAGAAGAUAUAAUUUCGAGUAGAGGUCAGGCUUCGAUCUUAGUCUUUCUGGUGGAAGCUUGGAAAUCAUAAUGGCAAAACGAGAGCUUUCCAGCACGCUCAAGAACUUGAAGUUCAUGCAAAGGGCGGCUCUGCGAGAGGAGAAAUCCAAAAAAGAGGAUGAAGUAAAACCUAAUGGCGAUAUUUUUGGAAUUGCCGCAAUAGGUAGAAAAUGUAUCGUCAUAAUGGAAGGUGAUCCCCAUCCAGAAGCAGUUAAAGGUCGGAUGUCAUUUCGAAGCUUUAAUCCACGCAUUGAUAGAUUGAAUGAAGAAGAAGCAAGGCUCCGUCAGCCAGCAGCUGAAACAUCUAUUUCUAGGAAUCGAAGUGUAAAUAUUUCUACUAGAGAAAAUGGAGCCACAGUAGAUGGUCCAGAUUGUGCAAACCCUGCAAGUAAUGAUGUUAGUGGUGACCUCAAAAGGAAACAGCCUGAAGUAAUGUCUGAAGCACAAUAUCCAAAUAAAUCGCCCGAGAAUGAUAAAGGCGAUUGUCAUGCGUCCCCAAAAAACAGUUUGGGGUCUUUCAAAAAAUCGAAGGGGGAUAAGUUAAACUGGAAUGUUCUUAGGCCGCCCAAGUGUUAAAACCAAAAUGAGUUUAUUGAUUGUUAGGUCUCUGUAAUCAUGCUAAACUGAGUUCUCUUUAGUUUAUGAUAUUGGAUUUUGCACCGCUAAAUAUCAUUUUCAGAGUGUAAUUUAAUUCAUAAGCUUCUUGUAGUUGCAAACUAGAUCUUACAACGCACGGGCAGUUCAUGUUUUUGGAGGUAAAUGUAUGUGUGAUGAAAUGGGUUUGAGUAAUGUUAUUAGUGUACUUGUAAAAUCAAUUUGGAAAUGAGGAGUGAAUUUGUUUUGUAGUGA